AUGAAAGGUGCAACGUACACUCCGACUGCGACAAAUAUGGCUAAAAGAUUUCCAAAGUAUGCCUACACGUAUGACAAUCAACUCUGGAUGGAUCCAGGAUCAAAAGACGUUCAACAAUUUGUUCUCAAUGUUGCCGAAGAUAUCGUUCGUCGAUAUCCUGUCGAUGGUCUGCACAUUGAUGAUUAUUUCUAUCCGUACAGUGAUGGUACCGAGUUUCCUGAUUCAGCUACGUUCAGUGAUUAUCAACGGCAAGGCGGAACAAUGAAUAAGGCCGAUUGGCGUCGAUCGAAUGUCAAUUAUCUAAUUGAAUCCCUAUACAAUCGCACACAUGCUAUUCGACCUAAAGCUAAAUUUGGUGUAUCACCUUUUGGCAUUUGGAAACCCGGUACACCAGCAGGUAUUACCGGUCUUUCGUCGUACGAUAGUCUCUACUGUGACAGUCGUUUAUGGUUACAAAAAGGUUUUGUUGAUUAUUUGACGCCACAACUCUACUGGGCCAUUGAUCCACCUGCUCAAUCCUACAGUGCUUUACUGAACUGGUGGAUAGGACAAUCGACCAAAGGGCGUCAUAUCUAUGCAGGUAAUGCAGCCUACAGAAUGAAUCAGGCUACUGGUCCAUGGGCAGUAACUGAACUCAUUCGGCAAGUCAAUAUUACUCGAACAAUGAGUAAUCGUCUUGCACUUGGCAACAUCUUCUUUUCGACGAAACAGCUCAUCCAAAAUAUUAAGGGUAUUCAAAAUGAACUUGCCAAACUCUACACAGAUAAGGCCAUUCCGCCCAAGAUGAAUUGGCUUUAG